GGGGGGCGGUGGGGCUGAGAAAGAAAGAGGCAGGAGUCAGCUUCCUAAGUGGAGGGGGUCCAGUGCAGCCUGGGACUCUGCCUCCCAACUUCCAGUCUUUCCUUGAUCUCUGUUCUCCCCACCCCACCCCCUUCCUCCAACUCCUCCUCGGUACUAGCCCCUCCUCUGACCGCCCAGGGCCAGGCUGGCCCAACCUCUCUCUCUUCCCUGGGAGCCCCCCUCCCUGGUCUCUGUCUCAGUCUCCUCCCCAAGCCUGUAGCGAGGGUCGGGCACUCCCUCCCUCAGCUGCGUGCAUCUCAUACCAGCCCUCAUUCCUCACAUACCAGUCUUCCUCCUUUCAAACUUGAGGCCAGGGGGGUGGCGAGGGACAGCAGCCUCCCCAAGGCUCUAGGACCCCAGCCCGGCCCCCUGCCACCCCCCACCUCCCGACCUCCGCCGGCUAGCAGUCUCCUUCCAGGAUCUUCCUGCCCCUUCCCCUGUUCAGCGUUAUUGGAGAGCUGGAGCAGAGUUGGUGCGUCUCAGGGCGCCCCUCAGAACUCACUUAGCGCACCAUCCCUCUCUCAUCCCCCAUCCUGGGACAGCAGGUCCAACGGGUCCUUCUCCAAGCGGAGCCUUGGAGGGCCUAGCCGGCACCAUUACCUCCAACGAGUGGAGCUCUCCCACCUCCCCUGAGGGGAGCAACGUCUCCGAGGGCAGCGAGGCUUUGGACAAACCCAUCGACAAUGAUGCAGAGGGCGUGUGGAGCCCUGACAUUGAGCAGAGCUUCCAAGAGGCCCUUGCCAUCUACCCACCCUGUGGCAGGCGCAAGAUCAUCUUAUCAGAUGAGGGCAAGAUGUAUGGCCGUAAUGAGCUGAUUGCUCGCUAUAUUAAGCUCCGGACGGGGAAAACUCGAACCAGGAAACAGGUAUCUAGCCACAUCCAGGUGCUGGCCCGUCGUAAAGCCCGGGAGAUCCAAGCCAAGUUAAAGUCAACCAGCUGCUGGGCUGGAGACCACAGCAGGGUAUUUAUCAUGGAGAACAAUUGCUCCUGUGUUAUCUCCAGAGCCAUAAAAGAUCAGGCAGCUAAGGACAAAGCCCUGCAGAAUAUGGCUACCAUGUCAUCCGCUCAGAUCAUCUCUGCUACCGCCUUCCACAAUAAAAUGGCCCUUACCCGUGGACCAGCCUACCCAGCAGUCUCAGGGUUUUGGCAAGGAACUUUGCCAGGCCAAGCCGGAACUUCCCAUGAUGUGAAACCUUUCUCUCAACAAACCUAUGCUGUUCAGCCUCCGCUCCCUUUGCCAGGGUUUGAAUCUCCCGCUGGGUCCACUCUGUCGCCAUCAGCCCCUCCGUGGCAAGGCCGAAGUGUGGCCAGCUCCAAGCUAUGGAUGUUGGAGUUCUCUGCCUUCUUGGAGCAGCAACAGGACCCAGACACGUAUAACAAGCACCUAUUUGUACACAUUGGCCAGUCCAGUCCCAGCUACAGCGACCCCUACCUCGAAGCGGUGGACAUCCACCAGAUCUACGACAAAUUCCCUGAUAAGAAGGGAGGACUCAAGGAACUCUUUGAAAGAGGGCCCUCAAAUGCCUUCUUCCUCGUCAAGUUCUGGGCUGACCUCAACACCAACAUGGAGGACGAAGGCAGCUCUUUUUAUGGUGUCUCCAGUCAGUAUGAGAGUCCUGAGAACAUGAUCAUCACCUGCUCCACCAAAGUCUGCUCCUUUGGCAAACAGGUUGUGGAGAAAGUAGAGACAGAGUACGCCCACUAUGAGAAUGGCCACUACUCCUACCGAAUUCACCGGUCUCCUCUCUGUGAAUAUAUGAUCAACUUCAUCCAUAAGCUAAAGCACCUGCCAGAGAAAUACAUGAUGAACAGCGUAUUGGAGAACUUCACUAUUCUGCAGGUGGUGACCAACAGAGAUACCCAGGAAACCUUAUUGUGUAUUGCAUAUGUGUUUGAAGUGUCCACAAGUGAGCACGGAGCUCAACAUCACAUCUACCGGCUGGUGAAAGAAUGACAGACUUGGGGAUGGAGGAUGAGAAGAGCCAGGCUGUAUGUGUACAGUGAAAGUAUGGAGAUCUGGUCUAUGCCUGAUGUUCAGAAUCAAGAAGAGAACAUUUUCCCUCCUUCCCAAGAGCAAACAUAAUCCCCUAACCUCAAAUAAACUCAAGAUAUUACAUAUUUUCA